GGGGCCGCUACAGAAUGAGCGAAAUUAAAUUGAAUGCAUUAAACAACUUAUUUGAUUCCAUUGAUGUGUGUGUAUGUGCCAGUACAUUUAAUAGAUUGUAGUUUUUUUUCCAUGUACGUUAAGUGAGUGAAUGCGUUUCUAGUCGGUAUCCGCGUGUGCAUCGUAAGGAACCGUAGAACUGUUAGUUAACGUAUUUUCAAAUUUUCUCGAUAGAUUUAUACGAUUAUUCGGUUAUCGGUUAAAUAAUCGCGCUUUUAUUUGAUUUAAUUUGUUAAAAAAAGGUUAAACAAUCAGAUCUUAUCUUAUUUUUUAUGUAUCGAAAGUAAUUCGUAUUAUUUUUAAACGGAGAUAAAACAUCUCACUUGACUUUCCAAUAUUGAUUGAAAGUAAACAACUCGCCAUGCAUUUUUUCUCUUAAUUUUACGGGUUUCCGGAUUUUAUUCUGUUGGAAAAUAAUGGCAACAACAGCUGUAGUAAAUGUUAGUGACGAUAUACCCCAAUGGAAAAAAGAUUUAAUUGCCAGAUUGAGGAAUCAAAACAAGAGGAAUGAGGAACGGCUCUGGAUUGACCAUCACACACCCCACCCAGUCCACCACUCUCAUCCCCAUCCGAAAACCGAGCUGGUGUGCCAGUCGCCCGAAAAUGGUUUCGACAAAAACCACCAAUCGACGGAAUCGUCCGACUCGGAGGACCUCCACUACGGGCCGGGCAUCGUCAACCGACUCAAGAACAAGUACUUGAGCCUGGCCUUGAGGGAGAGCAACGCUAGGCCGACCAUUUUGAGGAAGGCGACCAGUUUGGAGAACCUUUUGGAUGAGGAUGAGGGCGAGGAUGGUGAGAAGGAGAACGAAAGACUGUUUAGGAGGAGAGGUGGCGGAAAAGAUGGAGGGUCUCAUCUGAAUCAUUAUCGAUCCGGUAACAGAAGACAGGACAUGAAGAGAGCCCGCUCGGUCGAAACCAUCUCCCGAGUUAGCCACGACGAGGAACUGACAAUGACAGCGUCUGUUACUGCCAAAAUUAACAACAGACAGUCGUUGCACGAGGACGUUUUGCUGCGCCAUCCGGUGGAGGAAGUAGACAACGGCUUAGAUAAGUUAAAAACGAAUUCGAGACCUAGUUCAAAUGAACACAAAGCGGAUGAGAACAUUACCAACAAACUGAAUGGUAGAGCUCACAGAACGUGGUGGAAGUCACCUUUAUUGGAUGAAAAAGAAAAACCGCCUGCGGAUGUGGUCAAGCAAACGAAGAUGAUUUUCGAGAAAAGACCAGAACAACGGACUAGGAAGCCUCCACAAACGGGUGACGUUGCUGCUAAAGUAGACAGUUUCAACAACAUCAUAGUCAAGGCCAAAGUGGCCUCUAAAACUUCCAAACCUCCUAUAAAACAUAUUAAGUCAUCAACAAACGACAAACACAAAAACCAGCAUCACCAUCGCCCAGUAGCGAAACCGGUCAUUUUAAACGAGGACAUUAUCAAACCGAAGACUUUGGACCUGAAAGGUUCGAAAAGGAACAGAAAAGAUAUACGCAGUCUUCCGAGUCCUAUUCCGGAUGUAUCCAGAGUCGAUAUAAGGAAUCAGGAGACUGGCGAUGCCAGAAACAGUAUUAGGAAUCAUUUAUGCGAAACUCCGGAUUUGAUUUUGACGUCGAGUCCACUACCUAAAGUCGCUUCGCCGGGCUUUAGGAAACACAGUCCGGAGUAUUUUAUGGCGGAUGUUAAGCUUCUUCUUAGUCCGGAAGCCACAAAUCGAUUUGUCAGUCCUGUUCUGAGUCCAAAACAACAUCACUUACACGAAGACAAAAUGGACCUACCAGGCAUCAAACUCAUCUCUCCGAUUUCCCAGAAUAACAUCACCAAAAGCUCAGCCUCUUCCGUGUUCAACUUCAUCAACGCUCAAGUAGAUCAGAAACACCUUCCUAUUGUUAAUAAAAAUGUCUCCGAUGACAAAGUUCCUGUUUCUGAACCGCUAAAUAUUGAAGUAAACGGUUCCGGUGGUGAGCAACGAAUGAAACGCAGUUUAUCCGCUAUCGAGAUCGAGAAGAAUCACAAGAAUUCUUUGAAAUCAGCCGAAGACAACCAGAAUGAAGUUGAGGAAGUCACUCAUAAAGAUGAUGAAACGCUGAAGAAACUGGAUGAGAAGAAAGGGAUCAGGAAAAUCGUGGAAAGUUUGGAGAAAAUCGAAAAGGAAAUGGGAAUUCCGAGUAGUGUUAGUGUCGAGGUUUCUAGUGAUAACCAAAACGGUUUUAGUAAUAAUAGCAAAAACUCGUUUGAUGGUAGUGGUGUUACAGAACACAUAGACAAACCGAAAAGUAUAACGGAAUUAACGGGUACCACUGUGAAAACGGCUCCAAAAUACACCAAACCCGCGUCAUCAUCGGAAAUAACGUCACCGGUUUCGGAAAAAUCUACGAAAGAUGUGGAUAGAAUAGAUCGCGUUGCGUUAAAACCAGUGCAAAGUGUCAGUGAAAACAUUAGAAAAACUAACGAUGAGGGUACGGUAAAAAUAUUGUUGCCCAAGAAGCCAAAGCCGCGAGUGGAGGAAUCCACCACUGCCGUGUUUAACUUUACUACUAGAACUGACGUGCCAGAUUAUAUUGCCAACGACAAAAGCCGAACGCCCAGUUUACCAGUUAUACCAAAGCCUGACGAACCCGGUAUAAAGAUCAUAUCCGAAACGUUCCUGUCGAACUUCAAGGAGAUCCAGGAAUUGAUGGAAGAGGACGACCUGAUCCGUGCCCUGGAGACGCGGCCGCCCAGCCCUUGUGACGUCACAUUCUUAAAUGACAACAUCCUGAUCGAUGGUAAAUCUAGUCUGAUACAGUGCACAUCCAAACGAACAAAGCUCAAAAUAUCUUUCGUGGACGAUGCCGAAAUCUACGAAUAUCCUUCAGAAACGUCAGUUUUGUUAGAAGACUCAGCCCUUUCUUCGCCUUUAGGGGGAGCCGUAGGUCACUCAGUUCCUUUACUUUCAGGGUCAACUCUAGCCACAUACAUACCAAAAUCAACCGAGGAAUUCCAGUUGGGUGUAACUAAAGCACCACCGCCACCAUCUCCCAAACCUGACGUCACCGAAGUACCCGAGAUGUCUGAAGUUAUUCUGGAAGAAGUCGACCAACCAGUAGCUUUCAGCUCGGGUGGUACAACCGACAUGCUUUUCUGAGAGACUGAUGAUGGUUUUAAAAACUCCUCAAUAUUUUAGAACUCCGUAUUAUGUUUACAUAUUAUCCUACUGUUUAUAUUAUUAAGUUCAACCGAGUCAUUCCAUUUUAGAACCAAUAUUAUCAAGUAUUUGGAUAAUUUAGUUUUAUAAAGUAUCUAAUUCCAGCAUUCCAAUUUUUCAAACUUUGUAAGGAUUGUUUUAAGGAAUGCACUUACAAUUUAAGGAAUGUAGAAACCACGAUACAUGUACUAACGGUAUGUAACAUACUGGACCAAAUUGCGAAUACAGAUUUACGUGGCAUUUAUUUCGAAACUCCCCAUACUUUUUUUUAAUUUUGUCUUUUCUGUUUAAAUAUCAUACAGGGUGUGUCAGUAUUCCGUGGACAUAGAACUACUACGUUUUUUUUGGCAUCAAAAUAAGUUUAUUCGGCACAGUUUAUCUCUAUUCAAAAGUGCUUCGUUUGUCCGCUAGAGCAUCAAACUAACUUGAAAAAAAUAAACACAAUAAACACAAGUAGUUUUCAUCCUUCCCAUAUUUUAAGUCAAAUGUUAGAGCAC